UCUCGAAGGAGCCCCCGGGCCGGAGCGGAUAACCCGCAGUCUCGUCACCACGAGCUGCUGGCCCUUUGCUGGUGCGCGCGCGCUUCGGGCUCUCGGCUUUUCCCGCGGAUUCGGGGUAACUGCUCCUAACCGAGGGCUCUACAUCUACAGAGGGUCAUAACAGAUCAUCAUCUGGCGACACGGUCGACGACGCUGUUCUGCCGCUCCACCGCGCCCACACACACACACACACUCAGACAGGCGGGACCGCGCGCUCCAGCUCCUGACGUCGCGCGGCACUUUUUUCUCUCGCGACCGUAAACACGUAAACCCGAAGAAACCACACGACUGGCGAAUUUGCCCAGCAGUAUUCCACAUCCGGCUGUAGGAUGACAUGAAUGUGGGAGACCUGGGACCUGCUGCUGCCUGACCAAUCCCUUACUGUCUGCUCGUCCUUCACUGUAAUGGACGUGAGCUAGCCAGUGCAGUGGGCCUCCACCCAGUGGUGCAACACGCCUCGACACACCCACCUCCAAAACCUCCUUUUGAUUCAUGAGCCAGCAGGAUGCUGCGGCGGUGCACGCACUCUCAGAACGUCUCCUUAUAGCGUCCCACAAGGGUCAGGCCGACAAUGUGGUGCAGCUCAUCAACAAGGGUGCCAAAGUAGCUGUCACAAAGUACGGCCGUACUGCCCUGCACCUGGCCGCCUACAAAGGCCACCUUGAGGUCGUGCGCAUCCUGCUGAAGGCUGGCUGUGACCUGGACAUCCAGGAUGAUACACCCUUUUGUUCAGUUUUGUGGAGGACUACUGCAAUCAUUACGAUGACCUCCAGUGGCCUGGAGUGGGAUUAUUACGACUGCCAUCUUUACGGAGCCAGUUCUCCACAAUUUACGAGUUCAGAUCUCAGGUGUCCCCUCCUGACCCUCUUCACCUCCCAGGCUGUCUCUGACUGGUCACUAAGUUCCCAAACAGCCCCCGCCAGGUCGCCCGGUGUGACUGAAGAGUCACUGGCCAGAAUCAGGGAGGGGGGAGUGGAGAAAAAGCAGAGGAGAGUGACUAGGAGAAGGCCUAGAAGAUCAGAGGGAAUGAAGGAGGGUGACCAGACAGCUCUACAUCGGGCAGCUGUGGUGGGAAACAAUGACAUCAUCUCAGCUCUUAUCCAGGAAGGGUGUGCUCUGGACAGACAAGACAAGGAUGGCAAUACAGCCCUGCACGAGGUUUCUUGGCAUGGAUUCAGUCAAUCUGUCAAACUGCUUGUCAAGGCUGGAGCUAACGUGCACGCAAAAAACAAGGCUGGCAACACAGCCCUCCACCUUUCGUGCCAGAACGGCCAUACUCAGAGCUCCCGAAUCCUCCUACUUGGAGGCUCAAGGCCCGACAGCAAGAACAAUCUCGGUGAUACGUGCUUGCAUGUUGCAGCACGUUAUAAUCAUGUGACUGUGAUUCGGAUUCUCCUAGGCACAUUCUGCUCUGUGACUGAGAAGAAUCAGAAUGGAGACACCUCCCUCCAUGUGGCUGCUGCUCUGAACCACAAGAAGACAGCACGGCUGCUGCUAGAGGCAGGCGCAGACAGUUUGGUGCACAACGGCGCUGGCAAGACACCAUUGGAUUUAGCCCGGGAGCACAAUAACCCUGAUGUGGCCCUGCUUCUCACCAAGGCUCCUCAGGUGCAGAGCUUCACACGGGGCAGGAGUGUGAGAAAACAAAGGGACAAGCUGAAAGCAGAGAGGCGAGCACAGUCAGUUCCCAGGGAUGAGAUGCUGCCCAGCAAGGAAAGUGCAUCUGCAGCUGAUGAUACCCACAGCAGUGAUCUUGUAAGUCCCAGGAGGGGGGAGAGCAGGAACGAACCAGGUGACAGUACGGUGGAGGCUUCUGCCAAGAGGAACCGUCAAACACUGAAGGAGAAGCCUUCGCUGUCUGACCCCCUUUCACGGCGAGAGAACAAACAUAUUGAAACAGCACACCGGAAGAGGAGUAAAGUACCUGGCUCCUCCCCACCCCUCCCACAGCCGUUGCCUCCUCACAGCUACAAGGCCUAUCAGUUGUACACACUCUACCGUGACAAGGAUGGAAAGAUCAUGCAGGCUCCACUGAAUGGCUGCCGCUGUGAGCCUCUCAUCAACAAACUAGAGAACCAGCUGGAAGCAACGAAAGAGGAAAUGAAGUCUGAGAUUCAAAUAGUCCAAGAACAAAUUAACUCCAAACUGGGGCAGCUUGACCGCAAGAACAAACACCAGAUAAAAGCGCUUGACAAGAUAACCCUGGAGCGUGUGUCAGCGGAGCGGAUGGAGUGCAUUCAGCGCAUUGAGCAGAGAGCCAACAUGGAUCGGCAGGAGACUGAGAAAAGACAGGCGUCAGCGGUCAACGAGCUCAAGAACUGGUGCAGGUCUAAGAUCCACAACAUUGAGGCGCGCUUUGCUGGGGACUCCCGAAGUGCCAAGCUGCGUCAGUCCCCGUCCCUUCCGGAGAAUUUUCUAGAGGCAGAUUCCGAGGGCCUCGCCGUGCUAUCUCCUCUCCCAGCGGGAAGUGCCAAAUCGCUGGCCUCAGACGCCAGCGUUCUGCCAGGUCCACGUGAGGAAACUGGGGCCACUGCUGCCGCCCCUGAGGAGGCCCCAAGCAAUCAUUACUUUGUGGUUCAGGUGGACAGCUCCCCAGAUGACAGACAGAAUAUGGCAGAGGUUUGCAGCCCCACCCCAGUCAAGUCCCUGCCGUCUUCUCCUCAAGUAGUCCGACCAAAAGAGCGGUCGCGACCCACUGCUGACACCCGCAGGCCACAUCGAGAACUGCAGGAACCGGACACGCCGGACCUCGGGCCACGGCACUCUCGGGCCAGCAGGGCCAGCAGUCUCUCUCCCGCCAUAGAGCGGCGCAGCGGCGACAAGCACAACCGAGACCGGAGUCGGCACCAUAAGAAGCACUCCCAGGGUAGGACCAAGGCCCGGGCAGCCGCCGUGCAGACACUGGAGGUCUUUGAUCGUCCAUCGGAGCCCUCCUUUGCGCAGGAGCGGGACAAAAUGCAUGCACUGGAGGUGACUCAGUACUUCUUUGAGGCUGUCUCUACACAAAUGGAGCGAUGGUAUGAGAGAAAGAUCCAAGAGGCUCGGUGGCAGGCGGACCAGCGCGCUCAACAGGACCGGGCAGCCCUGCUUGAACGAAUCGGCUACCUAGAAGAAGAGCUGCGGCUGCUCAGGACUAAAGCACACGAGGACAGCUAGCAAAAAGCCAGUAGCCAGAAUGGACUUCACAUUAUAGGGGGGGGGAAGAAAAACACACUUCUAUUUCUUUUGUUUUUUUCCCCACUGAAGCUGAAUUCACGGUAAAAGUCCCAUGUG